GUCGCACUAUCCAAAUUCCACAUCCUCAUAGCUGAUACUGCUUGUGCUCAAAAUCUCUUCCUUUCAAGCUUCCGUUUGAAAGAGACUAGAAAAAAUCAAAAUUCAACUGUGCAAAAAAUUAUGGCCACUUGCUUACGGUUGCCGAUGGCAUCCUCAAUUCCAUGUUCUUCAUCUUCAUCGAUGCCGCUAAAACAUCGUAGUUUUAACAUUCGUUGUGCAGCCAAUAGUUCGAAAAUUCCCAUGCCACCUAUAAACCCUAAGGAUCCAUUUCUAAGUAAGCUUGCAUCUGUUGCUGCAAAUAAUCCAGAUGCACUCUUCUCGAGACCUCAAAAUUCUGAUAUGCCGCCUUUUUUGGACAUUUAUGACUCACCUAAGCUCAUGGCUACUCCUGCUCAGGUGGAGAGAUCAGUAUCAUAUAAUGAGCACAGACCGAGGAGACCUCCACCAGACUUACCCUCUUUGUUGCUCCAUGGUAGAAUAAUUUAUAUUGGCAUGCCGUUGGUGCCAGCAGUCACAGAGCUUGUGAUUGCAGAGUUGAUGUACCUACAGUGGAUGGAUCCUAAAGAGCCAAUUUAUCUGUACAUAAAUUCUACUGGGACUACCCGUGAUGAUGGUGAAACAGUUGGUAUGGAAUCAGAAGGUUUUGCAAUUUAUGAUGCCAUGAUGCAACUAAAAAACGAGAUACACACUGUAGCGGUUGGGGCUGCCAUAGGUCAAGCAUGUCUCUUGCUUGCAGCUGGUAGUAAGGGCAAAAGGUUUAUGAUGCCACAUUCCAAAGCCAUGAUUCAACAGCCCCGUGCGCCAUCAUCUGGAUUAAUGGCGGCCAGCGAUGUUUUCAUUCGGGCAAAGGAGGUAAUCAUAAACAGAGACACCCUUGUCAAGCUUUUGGCUAAACAUACUGAAAAUUCGGAAGAGACUGUUGCCAAUGCAAUGAGAAGACCAUUUUACAUGGAUUCUACCAGAGCUAAAGAAUUUGGCGUCAUUGAUAAGAUUCUUUGGCGUGGCCAGGAGCAGAUUAUGGCAGAUGUUUCUGCACCAGAUGAGUGGGACAAGAAUGCAGGCAUUCGAGUUGCUGAUGCUAUUUAGAUUCUUCCAAGAUUAUAUAUAAUCUGAUGGUAUCAUACACUGCGUUCAGUAGCAGAUAUCUUUUUGGAGAAGCAGCUAUCCUGUUCAGCUGUUUUAGAGACUUUAUGAUCCUAUUAAGCUCUUCUAGCUAUUCAUUGGCAGGGAAUAUUGAUGGAAGCGUUUCAACCAUCAAGGACUGAAACUCUGGUUCAUUUCACAAGAAAAGAGUUACCAAAUGAGAGAAAAUUCUGCUUUGAGCAAGUCCUGAAAUGGACGCACUUGCUGUAGCUCUCCAAGAUUAUACAGUAUUAUGGUGGGAUACUUGCUCAUAGCAACCAAUAAUAGGGUUCUAGCUUGGAUAAAAAGCAUUGUACACAAUAUGUUAUUGUCGUUUUCUGAUUUUGUGAGUUAGACAAUUAUUAUCUCAUUGCCCGUUUACUGACUA